CACUCCCAGGUUCGCCUCCAUUGUUUCUUUCUUAAUUAUUAUCCUUUUCUUCAAUAUUAUCUUUAAAUAUUCAAUUCUAUGUUCAGUCACUUUUGUUAUUAUUGUUUUUGUUUCAUAUCCUUAUCGCCAAUUCUCUGUUUUUAGAUUUUUUUAAUUCUGGGUUGGUGUCAUUUUUGUUCUUUCUUUUCAAUAAUUUCUUCAAUCACUGUAUCUUCUGUGAGGGCAGCUAAAAUCUGGGUGUUAUCUCUCUAGCUGUGAGGUAUUUCUGAUUUUGAUUCUGUCCUCUUAUGUGAUUGGCAACCUUAAUGGAAGAGGACUGGGCUGGUGUAUAAUGACUGAAUCCAACUUGUAAAAUGAUAGGUUAAUUUCUUGGAGAUUAAAAUAUUUAGAAGAUCUAAAAAUUUUUUUUUAUUACUUGAGUGAGUGAAUUGAGCUUAAGGGUUUCCACCGUACCAUAUUAGCACUUUAUGGAUGUGAUCCUAGGUUUCUUCGAUCUGCUACAGCAAAUGUUUGCUGUUCAGGUUUAAGCUUAGGAGAGUCUUGAAUCAUGAAGUUUGAAGAAGGGAAUUCAGUGGAAGUCUUAAAAAGGGAACAUAAGCCUUGUGGCUCCUGGUUUCCUGGUAGUAUAAUUUCUGUGUUUGGGGAUUAUUAUAUUGUUAGGUAUGACUCACCUACGGACAGUGAGGGAGAGCCUGUGAUGGAGAAGGUGCAUAAAGAGGAUGUUAGGCCUCAGCCUCCUCUUAAAAGGGGAAAAAGAUGGAUGGUUGGUGAUGUGGCUGAUGUGUUUGAUACUCAAUGUUGGAGGGUUGGGAAAGUUGCAAAGUCUUUGAAGAACAACCUUUUUGUAAUUAAAUUGUUUGGAUCCAUCAAACUCAAAGAAUUUCAUGAAUCCAAUCUAAGGAUUCGGCAGGUCUGGCAUAACAAUAAUUGGUCAGUGAUAGGGAAGCUUUCACUGCAGGUUGCUCAAAAUAAAGAAUCUACUAAAAAUUUUAUGCAAAAUAAGUCGAAACUUUCUGGUAGCUUGGUUUGCAGUUCUCCAUUAGAUGAAUUAAUAGUAAAAGAUUCGUCCUUAGGAAAGAGAAAUGAGCAGAGAGGCCUUAAGGAUGGGCACAAUAAUGCAAAAAAGUGUCAUCCUGCAAGAAUGGUAAAUAGAAGCAACAUGUAUCGUCUCGACAGAUCUUCUAAGGACCUAUUUUCUAAAGUGGGAGGAUGCCGCAGGCCUCUCACAAGAAAUCUUCAUUUGUUUAGGAGGGUAGUUGAUGUUUCUUCUCCCGAAGUGAAAGAAGAUGAGAAAUUCAAUGGAGAAUCUUGGGAGAUGGAUGCUGAUAUAGCAAGCGCAACAAGUAACAGGAUAUAUAGUUCUUCUAGGCCUCUUUCAACUGAAGAUAGCGACCAAUGCUCUGUUGCUAGUUGUAGUUCAAAUGAUUUUGCACUCACCCCUAGUCAUUAUUGCAAUAAAGCAUUUGAAAACACAUCCUAUAACUCAGAUGCCGAAUCAUCGUAUCCUUCCUCUUCUGUCAACAUUUUAACUCCAUAUUUUGAACAAAAGUUAGAGGCUGACAUCCAUGAACUAGAGUUUCAUGCUUACAAAUCAACAGUGCAAGCAUUGUAUGCUUCAGGUCCUUUAAGUUGGGAGCAAGAGUCACUUUUAACAAAUCUUCGCCUAUCCCUUCACAUAUCAGACGAGGAAUAUCUACUCCAGCUGAGGCACCUGCUAUCCACUCAAGUUCUGUAAUAAUCUAUACCCUUCAGUUUUUUUCUUCUGUUGCACCCAAUGGCCACUCGGGAACAGGUUCCAGCUAAUCCUCAAACAAUUUAAUAGUUCUUUUCGCAGCCUUUUUAAGAGUACAUGUGUGUAAAUUGUGUGAAGAGGAUUUGAGUUAAUUUUCUCAACGCUCAGUACCUAAGAUAAAUAUCCUUGUCCCAUACAUGUUCCUGAAUUUCAAUCUUUUUGGCUAUGAGUUUGUAUGCAUAAAUAAAUUUUUGGAAUUUUGAUGCACAGAAACUUGUUUUAUUGUAUUAUCAAUAUCUCAUCUCCACCACUCUUGCUCAUUUACAUCAAUAGACUGUUUGUCACUAGGUUUUCUGUCCUGAACAAUCUUCUCCAAAUUUUGCUCAGUCAAUCUUCGUUGUUUCAUGUAUGUACUGAUCCUAAACUCUUGCACUUGUGCACGCACACACAUAUAUGAAACAAGGAAGAUUCAGUGUGUGUAUUUUUGAUCAAGGUAUAUUUCAUGAUUUCAACAUUAUACAGAUGGGAGGGAUUUGGCAACAUUUUCCCACCACUUAUGAUAGUUUUGGGGUGCUUUUGGUACCUCUCACUUCUCAGUAAUAAAGGUUGAGCAUCAAAUGAAAUUAUGAGUAGAAAUGAGGUGAUUUUUAUACGGACCUGAUCAGCUUACGUUGGAGAAAAUUCCGUGGAAGAAUCUUGCAUUAUUGGUUAAUUUAGUUUCAAGGAUUAAUCGAGUCUCCUUCGCCAUUGAAAGAAGUACCUCAUAUUUAUGCAGGCCAAUGGCGGCUGAAGCAAACACGCUAAGCGGAUAUUCCCUUGUAGUCCUGAAAAGCUGAGAAUCUGCUUUUCCUAGAAAAAUUCUGUCAAAUAUACUCCCAAGUGGAAAGCAUCACUAUAAAAAUACACUGCUAACUGCUUUUAAAUCUAGCUUGUUUCCGUGGUGGGUUCAUUUCUGUUGGUUUAAUUGUUUGUUAUUAUAGUUCUCUAAUCAAAAGUAUGUCUUCGUAAAA